GUCUGUUUGUCCCUUGACUACUCAGCUAAAGGGUGGUCAACACUAGUCAUGACCGGAACCAGCAGACAGAGAAGCAGACGUCUAUCGUCCGCAUGACCACUGAUGACAGACUUUCGGAGAAUUAGGACGGUGCUCUCGAGUACUUCCUUGAUCUGCGUAAUUAAGACUACAACGGUAUCUGACUUGUUCAUGCGAGGCUUUGCAGUACGUCGCAAAGCUGUUGCUUUCUGCUUAUGCGUCUGCUUCUCUGUCUGUUGGUGUUGGGCAAGUGCAUGUAUAUGUGCAUGUGAAUAUGGCUCGCGUUACAUCAUGUUGCAGUUGAUUGGGGAACGAAACUUCUCGCACAUAUCUAUGGUUGUCAGUGUCAUUGUGUGCUAUCUACACAACAGGCAUUUACAUGCUCACGCGAUAAUGCCGUCAAUGACCCAUCAAAGGCUCUCAUUCGUAGUGUCAAUGUGUCAUCGACUCAUCACUCUCAUCAGUCACACUACCAUAUGCGCAUUGCGCAUGCCUAAGCGGGUUUGUUAGAGACGACCGGCCAGGCUUCAUCUUAGAUUACUGGUCUGCGGGCGGCCGUCCCGUCUAUUUCAUCAUCAACUUACAUGCUUGUGGAAGUUGUGGUUCGUGACUUGUGAAGUUGUGAGUCGUGACUCGUGAGUCGUCAGUCGUCAGUCGUGGAGUAUCACGAAUAUGGUCAGUUGCCAGUUGGUCAUCUGGAAUGACAAUCACAUGCGAAACGAAUGCUGCAGUCUGUGCGCCGGAUAUGCUCAUGGCUCAUCUGUUCGUUGUCGCUCGAUUUGUUUAUUAUUUACCGCGGAAUGUCGCGAAGAAGAGAGCAAG